CUGAAGCUCUCUGCCUCUUUUGACCAAAAAAAAUCAAAAGCUCUGUGCCCCUUUGCAGCGAAAACUCUAUCAACAAAGACGAUGAUUAUCUCAGAGACCAACCGCAGAGAGAUCUGCAAGUACCUCUUCAAAGAAGGAGUAUUGUUUGCGAAGAAAGAUUUCAAUCUCCCUAAGCAUCCGUUGAUUGAGUCAGUGCCCAACUUGCAAGUGAUCAAGCUCAUGCAGAGUUUCAAGUCCAAGGAGUACGUUAGGGAGACAUUCGCGUGGAUGCACUACUAUUGGUUCCUGACCAAUGAAGGGAUUGAGUUCUUGAGAACUUAUCUUAACCUUCCGUCUGAUGUUGUUCCUGCGACUUUGAAGAAGUCUGCUAAGCCCAUUGGUCGUCCCUUUGGUGGCCCACCUGGUGAUCGCCCAAGAGGACCACCUCGCUUUGAUGGAGACCGUCCAAGAUAUGGUGACCGUGAUGGGUACCGUGGAGGGCAACGUGGUGGGGAUGUUGGAGGUGAAAAGGGUGGAGCUCCUGCUGAUUACCAGCCCUCUUUCCAAGGAGGUGGUGGUAGGCCUGGAUUUGGCCGUGGUGCAGGUGGUUUCAGCGCAGCAGCACCAUCUGGCUCUGGUUUACCUUGAAAGAAUUGUUGUUAUCGUUAAGCAAUGGAAAGACAUCUUUUUUAUUUUUUUUGGCUUUAGUUUUGUUUUUGUAAUACAAAUCGGGAAUCUAUAAUCUAUCUAUUUCUAUGACUUUUGGUCUAAAGAAACUUAUCUUGUAGUUUCCAGAAUUCUUGUUGAAAUGCACGUUUCUUAUUAUUUU